CGGGGCCUGGUCUUCCUCGCCUCCAUCCGCCUCCAUCCGCCGCCAUCCUCGUCCUCCUCGUCCUCCUCCCUCGUCCGCCAUGGACGACGCGGCCCUGCACCUCGGCCUCGACCGGCCCCUGCUCGACGUGGAGGUCCAUCAGCUGGGAGGCAGCACUGCCAGUAGAGAAGACAUUCGGCUGAGCGUCCUGCAGAUGCUUAGCCGACUGAACACUGUGAUCGGAGAUUGUACGUGGUUAGAGUUCGCCGACCCUUUCUUGGAAAGAAACGUGCAGUCUAUCUCUGUGGUGGAUACAGAGCUGAUAAAGAGAACCCAAAAGCUUCCCGUUGCCUUGAACAGUUGUUCCUUCUCGAUUCAUAUCUACCAGCUGAAUGAAGAGGGACCCAGCAGUGAACACUUAGAGGAGGAGACCGAAAAUAUUAUUGCCGCAAGCCACUGGGUGCUACCCGCCGUUGAAUUCCAUGGCCUCUGGGAAAGUCUGAUCUACGACGUUGAAGUGAAGUCCCACUUGCUUCACUACGUGACCACGACGUUAUUAUUUUCGGACAAAAACGUCGACAGCAACCUCAUCGCGUGGAAUAGAGUCGUUCUGCUCCACGGACCCCCAGGAACUGGCAAAACGUCCCUGUGUAAAGCACUAGCUCAGAAAUUGACCAUUAGGCUCUCAGAAAGGUACAGAUACGGGCAGCUGAUCGAAAUUAACAGCCAUAGUCUCUUCUCCAAGUGGUUUUCUGAGAGCGGAAAACUAGUCACCAAGAUGUUCCAGAAGAUCCAAGAGUUGAUCGAUGAUAAAAACGCGCUCGUGUUCGUGCUGAUUGAUGAGGUAGAAAGCUUAACUGCAGCCCGAAAUGCCUGCAGAGCGGGCACGGAACCCUCAGAUGCCAUCCGAGUGGUCAACGCCGUUUUGACCCAAAUAGAUCAGAUUAAAAGGCAUUCAAACGUCGUUAUACUGACAACUUCGAAUAUCACCGAGAAAAUCGACAUGGCCUUUGUAGACAGAGCGGACAUAAAGCAAUACAUCGGUCCUCCGUCUCCCGAGGCGAUCUACAAAAUCUAUCUUUCUUGUUUGGAUGAAUUGAUGAAGUGCCAAAUCAUAUACCCCCGAGAGCAGCUGCUGACUCUGAGAGAGCUCGAUAUGCUUGGCUAUAUUGAAAACAACGUGUCAAAAAUGAGUAUCCUGUUGAGUGAAAUUUCAAGGAAAAGUGAAGGACUGAGUGGCCGAGUCCUGAGGAAACUUCCUUUCCUAGCCCACGCCCUCUACAUCCAAACUCCUACUGUAACCGUAGAGGUGUUCCUUCAAGCUCUGUCUCUGGUGGUGGAAAAACAGUUUGAAGAGAGAAGACGACUCGCGGCGUGCGUCUGUGAUUCCGACUGUGAGCCCCAAUUUGGGCCUUGGACCUCUUCCGAUUUGUCGUCAUCUGCACUCUUCUCCCGUCGCUUAGGAGAGUGCUGUGUAUACAGAUGCUCAAUAGGUACUCCCGGAUGAGUGAAUGCAGAAAGG